AUGACGAAGGCGACGUGGCCUGUUGCACAGAAUUACUGCAGGGCGAUGCACACUGACCUGGCAAUAAUUAUAAAUGAUACCGAUUGGCCAAGAUUGAAUAAAGAAGCAGCAAGCAAACAACUACCAGCAACAACACCUACCUGGGUCGGGUUGUGGAAUGACAUCAAUAGUUGGCGCUGGUCCUUAGGCAAUCUCCCACUGAUAAGCGUUGGUUUUUCCCACUGGUGUGGUGGACAGCCUGAUAAUCUGGGUGGAAAGCAAUCUUGUGGUAUUAUAGGUUCUGGUAAUUGUUCUUGGGAUGAAGAUUGUACAGGACAAAGACCCUUCAUAUGCUACAGUGCUAAUUUCACUGGCCCUGAAAAGUUCAUCGGCAUUGCUAGUCCUUGGCUCACCUGGUUUCAAGCUCGGGUUUAUUGCCGUACACAUUACACAGAUUUGGCCAGCUCUCUUAACAGCUCAGACAAUGAGGUUUUAGGGCUGAUACAGUAUACGCAGGGCUAUUCCUGGAUUGGGCUAUACAGAGACACUUGGAAAUGGUCAGAUGGGAGCAAUGCUACAGACAUCCCGUGGGCUCCUGGAAAACCCGAUAACCGUUAUGGCAAACAGAACUGUGCAGUGCUUAAUAAUGGACAGUUCAGCGAUUCAUCAUGCACCGACUCAAAUUAUUUCUUCUGUUAUUACACUCCCCAAAUAAAGAAACAGAUAGUAAGACUGCAGGUGGAGUCUGAUCUGAGUCUAUUUGAUCCAACUGUUCAGUCGUCCAUUUUAGAUCAUAUCAACAAGAAGCUGAAAGGAAAUAGCAUGUUGGAGAACACCACAGUGGCAUGGAGGAUGCAAUCAGACGGAAACAUCUUCUACAAGGUAUAA